CGCAGCGGGCCCAUGGCGGAGGCGGCGCAGGGCCGCGUGCAGGCCGCGGUGGAGAGCGCGGUGCAGGGGCUGGAGCGGGAGCGGAUCCGAGCCAUGCAGGGCGCCAUGUUCCGCUGCAGCGCGCGGUGCUGCGAGGACGCCGCAGCCUCGAUGCAGGAGGUGCAGCGCUGCAUCGAGCGCUGCCACGCGCCCCUGGCCCGCGCCCAGGCCAUCGUCACCGCCGAGCUCGAGCACUUCCAGGACCGCCUGAGCCGCUGCUCGCUGCAGUGCUCGGACCAGGCCAAGGACGCUCUGGACUCGGGGGGCUCGGAGCCGCGCGUGCGGGGCCAGCUGGACGCCUGCCUGGCCACCUGCGGCGAGCAGCACCUGCGCCUCGUGCCCGCCAUGGCCAAGAAGAUGCGGGACGGGCUGGCCAGCAUCCAGCAGUGACAGCGGGGACACCCCGGGGACACCCCGGGGACACCCCGAGCGGUCAUUAAAGGCUCCUCCCCACCAA